AUGGACGGUGAUACGUUUUUCGAUUGGUUGAAAAACGUAUUACCGUUACUCGAUGAUAAUUGUGUAAUCGUCAUGGACAACGCCUCUUACCAUUCUGUCAAAUCUGAAUUGUGCCCAACAUUAGCUUGGAAAAAAUGUGACAUAGAAAAGUGGUUAGAAGAGAAGGGUGAAACUUUUGAAAGGCCAAUUAUAAAACCUCGACUGAUGGAAAUUGUUAAUAGAAUCAAACCUCAAUACAACAGCUAUGUGAUUGAUGAGUACGUAAAAUCGCAUGGUAAGGAAGUAUUACGUUUACCUCCUUACCAUUGCGAACUCAACCCAAUAGAGUUGGCGUGGGCAUUUGUAAAAAAACACGUCAAAAUGAACAACACUACAUUUAAACUCGCCGAUAAAGAAGAAGAACGAUUUUGGGAAAUUGAUUUUGUUGUGGACGACGUCUUGGAGAGCAUGGGUUCACUUGUAUUGACCAUUACUGGUGACACAUCAAAUUCCGAAUCAGAGGAAGAUUCAUUCUGA